AUGGACGGAGUUCCUAGUCAGCUUAGAAAGUGCUUUAUCAAAUUAGUCAUAAUAGGCGAUUCAAGUGUUGGAAAAACCUCUCUAAUAUAGAUGUUUGAGCACAGCAAAUUCUCUUAGAAUUUCAAGCCAACGAUUGGAGCAGAUUUCAGUAAUAAGGAGAUCACAUUGGAUGACAAUAGAGUGGUCACUUUAUAGAUUUGGGAUACUGCAGGCUAGGAGAGAUUUCAAUCACUUGGUUCUGCAUUCUAUCGAGGGGCUGAUUGUUGUGUCCUUGUUUAUGACAUAUCCAACUAAGCUUCAUUCGAUCAUCUUAUGAACUAGAGGCAAGUUUUUCUUAUAAAAAGUGAUCCAAGAGAGCCUCAGACACUGCCUUUUCUUGUUUUGGGAAAUAAAUGUGAUGUACCAGAAGAAUAGAAAAAGGUUUCAUCAAUAGAUGCCAAGAGAUUUUGCUAGUAAAAUGGAAACAUUCUGUUCUAUGAAACAUCAGCUAAGGAUAAUGUGAACGUAGAGAAAGCAUUCAAGGAACUAAUAAUAAAAGUACUAAAAAGACAGGAGGAAAUGAAUAAGAUACUUGGAUUGAAUCCAGAUAUUAUUGUGACAGCAUAGAAUAGAACUUAUGGAAAUCAAGCAGCUGUAAGGAUUGGACAGAUCUAAACUGCCAAAAAAAAGAAGAAUAGUAGCUGCUGUAAGUGA